AUGUUGAUGCAUGGUUUUCCCAUCUUUUCAUUUAUCUAUCUACCUGUUUUCUACACAACACCAAACCCUAGAGAGAGAUGGUCAGAGAGAGAGAGAGAGAAGUGCGACGGUGAAGGUGAUGUGGUUUGGACCACCGCACGAACACCUGCCGCUGGCGAACACCACCACCGGAGUUCCCUGCCGCCGUACGAACACCAUUGGAGUUCCCUGCCGCUGCCGAACACCACCACUGGAGUUCCCUGCCGCCGCUUAACACCACCGGAGUUCCCUGCCGCCGCACGAACACCACCGGAGUUCCGUGGCGCCGCACGAACACCAUCAGAGUUCCUAGCCGUUCACCGGAGCACCUCCAACGUUCACCUAGGGUUCCGGCAGUUUGCAAACGUUCUACGUUUGUCUUUAUUCUCCGGUGAUAGCUUUUAUGUUCGUCUGCUUCAAUCUGGCAUUAAGGAUGCAUGCUGGUUAGUAUUUAUGCCCAGGGCCGACCCAAGGGUUUGAAGCGUUCAAAGUUGAAAUCUGGAGAGAAGAUAUUUGAUCUUGGUGACACAAAUCAAUGCGAAAAGGAGGUCGUGCCCAUAGUUGACAACUAGGGUUGCGAUACGAAGAUCUUUAUUGUCACGAAUGACUUCCCAAAUAUCUUCACGUAUAUUUUGAUAAAUUACAAGUGCUUUGAUGGAAUGAUUGUUUAGUGGAUUACUGAUUGUAACUAUGUCCAGGUACAUGGUUGAAUGAUGGAUAAAGGAAAGAAUGUCCAAAAACAUGAUUGAAGUGAUAAACAAAAGAAACCCAAUUUAGUAGUCUGUAUGUCAAAGAUGAUAAGAUUAGUUAAUCUAAUUAUUUUAUUUGCUGAUACUCUUUUUUGAUAUUCUUGAAUUUACAUGCAAUUAUUUUCUCUUUUUGAUAUUCUUAAAUUUACAAUUUAUAUGCCAUUAUUAAGUUGAGAAGUUGUUGGGUUAAAUCUAAAUUCCAUGCAGGGGAGAGGGAGGAUAGUGUUGACCCGGAGAAAAUGAAAUCUUUCUUUGGCUUUAAAAUUUUUAAUGAAAUAGUUGUAUUUUGAUUUGGUAUAUUAACUUUUUAUAAUCCUUUUUUUUUUUUGAAAGGUGAGGAUCAAGAACUCGCGUAUGUCGGGAGAUGUAGACUAUGUUGUCUUAACCGGGCCCACGCUACAGAGCCCCCACGCCGACCAACCGACAUCAACCCCUCGAUGAGAAACCUCUAUCACCCAGGUUCCGGUUCCGCAGAAGGUUCUAGAAUUGCGUUCUGAAUGAUGACGUCAUCAAAGUUAGGGCGAAUUCUCGGUGACAUGACCGAAAUGAACGGUGAUUCUGGCCGGAAAACACUAGAUCUACAAAGCGGACAGUUAGCGUGACAUCUGAGCCAAAUAUCGAUACAAUCGACAUGAAAGGAAUGAAAACACACCGGUAAAGUACGAACGUAAUCGUCAUCUUCAAACUCCAGUAAACAAACUGCACAUUCAUGAACACUGCUUUUUCUAGUGUGAACGGAAAGCGGAAUCGUUUUAAUCAUUGCAUCAUCUAAACCGUACUGUGCGAACUGUUGAUAACCGUAACCAUAAGCUGGAUCAUACGAUUCUUCACCGGAGUACGGAGAUUCGAUGUCGCCGUUUCCGACAGAAGACGGCACGUAUGACCGAAGGAGGCGUCGCCGCCGUCGCCACUGGCGGUAACGGCACCGGAGGAGGAGGAAUCGGCGGGAAAUUGCGCGGGAAUAUGUGAUUGUGAAGAAGGCGGUGGCGAUGAUCACAACCAUUCCUAUCAACGGUGGACUGAAGCAAACCGGAGGUUUUGGUAAUGAGUUCGGUAUCCAUGAAACUGAUGAUGACGGUGACGGUGACGGUGACGGUGAUGGAGAUACGGUGGUCAUCGGUGGUGGUGGAAGAAGUGUGAGUUGAGAAUGUGAGUGUUGGUGAGGGGGUUUAAAUGUGUGUGUGGGUGUUUGUUUUUAUUGUGGUUGACUGGUGAAGUGAAAGUGGGUAAAUGACACGUCAGCUAUGGUGAUACAUACAACUCCAUCAUGCUCACGUGCCUUGCAUUCAUCGUAGUAUUCUGACUUCCUUUUAACCAAUGUUUUAAAAAUCGGUUCACGGGUUCAACUGCCUGAUAUAGUGGUUAAACUGUUUUUGAGCUAGUAGGGAACUUGCGCGAUGUUGUGACAAUAGUAAUUUGCAACUCAGUACUCGUUUAUGUUAGUUUAUCAAUCCUCCGUGUGAUGAUGCAGCGACAACAAUUUACAA